AUGGUGCUUGGCCACAUGUACACUCUAAAGCUUAAGUUAAAGUUAGUACUUAACUUGAGCUCGUGUCGAGAGCUGGUUUUCCAAGUCUUCGGGUCGGUCGGCUCGUGGUUGGUCCUCUCCGUUUAUUUGACCACACCGUCGCCUACGGAAUUUCAGAGAAAACCCAAAGCAAAUCUUCCUUAUAACUUAGAUCCAAAUCAAACCCCUUUCACUGACUAUUUCUCCGGUAAACUUGCCGGAAAAAAGAACCCAAAGAUCAGUGAUUUAGUCACCGGCGGCGAUUACUUUUUACAAGCAGAGAUGAGGAAGGAGGAGGUUGUGAUUCCAGUGUUAGCAUCCUUGGUGGGUUUGUUUCUGUUAAUUGCAGUGGCUCUGUUCUGGAUUAUUAAAUCUCGCCGGAAACUUGCCCAAAAUUCUCGGCUGGUUCCGGUGGAGGUCAAACGGCGCCGUUUUUCACAUCCCCAGAUCGUGAAGAUGACCCAUGACUUCCGGCGAGUCAUCGGCAGAGGAGGAUUUGGAACCGUCUUCCACGGCCACCUGGACGACGCUCCGGUCGCCGUGAAGAUGUAUUGCAAUCGCAAUCGUAAUGUUCAUCCAGGAUUCCAAACCGAGGUGAAUUAUCUCAGCAGAGUUCAUCACAAGAACUUGAUAAAUGUGGUUGGAUAUUGCAACGAAUCCACGAAACUAGCACUUGUUUUUGAGUACAUGGCCAAUGGAGACUUGAAGAAGAAUCUUACAGGAAAUGUUUCAAGCAAUUUGACAUGGGAACGUAGACUUGGAAUCGCCAUUGAUAUGGCCAAAGCUUUGGAUUAUCUGCACGACGGUUGCGAGCCGCCGGCCGCCGAUCAUUCACAGAGAUUUCAACGGUUUAAACAUUCUGUUAAAUGAAAAUUUUGAGGCCAAGCUUUCUGGGUUUGGUUUGGCCGUCGCUCUUCCGGUCGAUGACGGCGACUCUCAUGUCUCCGUUGGUAUUAUUGCAGGCACCGUUGGAUAUGCCGACCCUCAGUAAGACUUAAAAACACAGCAAUUUUAUUAUUUGUUUACAACUUUUAAAUCGUUGCAUUAUUAACCUAAUUAAUUCGUAUCCAAUGAUUUUUUAAAUUAAUUUUUAUCAAUUUUAUGUGUAAUGGAACUCAAA